AUGGCUACCGAACGUAAAGACGAGUCCGUCUCGCCAAUGACGAGGACUCCCGACGCUCCCUCUCCAGCAAACGCGGAAUCACAGCCCCGAUUUCAGCCGCCAAAGUCGAACGAUGGCCUGCUGUCCGCAACCCCCAAUACGUCAGAGCAGCAGCUGGGCGAAAAAGGCUCCCCCAAAGCAGUCAACGAUUAUUGGAAUGGCGGAUUGAGUCAUCCUGAUCCAUUAGCUGCUGGAGAACCAAUUCCCAAUUCCCAAUCACCACCACCAUUGGAACGGCGAGAUAUACCGGCCGGGCUCGAUUCCAGUACCCAAGAGACUUUGCAGGCAGAUGGAGGACGCACCAUCCAGUUUGCUGAUCCUGAUUUCCAACCCCCGGGAUCGGUGCCUUUGGAAGAGCCUGAUACGCCAACCCGAUCUCGAACAAGCCUCAUGUCCAAGAUCAAAGCUCUUACAGCCAAUCCCGGCUCUCUGACUCCAAAAUCUCUAAGUGGACCGACCUUUCCGUCCGAAUUCGGCACGCAAUCGUUCCCCAACUCUCCUACAGCCUCUAGAGUAACGACCCGAAUCCCGGAAGCCCUCAAUGAAGAGCAAUCUGACGCCGAUGCCGAUGUCGAGACUGCAGAUGAAGCGGCCAUACCAAGUGCUGUCAAGAAAAACAAGCGCAAGAGCCGGCGCUUCAAGAAGGGCUCUGUGUCCAAUUUCCCAAACCCUAACCGGUUUCCAAGCGACCUGGAUGCAUUAAGCACAUAUGAUCGCCUGCUGAGGCGCCGGGCAAGCAUGCCCGAUACGACACAGCCCGAUCAUGCUGUGUCCGAUGGCGAGAUUCGUGAGAGACGAAAGCCCUUUAGACGGGGCUAUUCCUGGAUGAAUAAUGCAAUGAGCCCUCCGGAUGAAGAUGUAGAAGACCUGGACAACCCUAACGCCGUCGCGCGGCGCAAUGGCCAUACGCGGCGCAUCACUGUCUUCGGUGGUGGUGGAAUGUCUGACGGGGAUGCGCUGACCCCCAGGAAGCAUUUCUUCACGUCAGAGCGAGCUGAGCGAGCCUCUAGUUAUGGCGCCCAGAAAUGGAAGCAGGUCAAGAGUACACUAAAGCUGCUCCGACAAAAGAAGGAGGAUCGUUUUGAUUACUACAAAUCUGCAGAACUAAUGGCCGAGUUGAGAGCCGGUGCCCCUGCUGUUCUAAUGCUCGCCAGCAUGAUUCAGCGGGACGAACACGGGAACAAGAGGAUCCCAGUCCUACUGGAGCAGUUGAAGCUCAAGAUCAAGGACAGCGCACCCAUGCCCGAUGAUGAUAAAGAGCGCCACUGGAUAUUCACAAUCGAGUUGGAGUACGGAAGCGGUCCGAGCCGAAUGAACUGGCUGGUCAUCAGAACCAUCAGGGACAUCUACAACCUACACUUCCGGUACAAGUUUGCCUUAAACAACGACAAAUACAUGCUUGGGAAAGAUCUCGGAGGCCGUCCCAAACAGCCCAAGUUCCCCUAUUCGGCGUUCCCCUACCUUCGUGGUGCUCGCAACAAGGGAGACGAAAGUGAAGACGAUGAACCGGCCGAUCAGGCCAGUGGCCGUGGCGAAGAGACUGCUGCUGAGAUGACGGCUGCCGAAGAUAUCGGCGAAGGACCAUUCCAGCAUUCAAGAAAAAAGUCUCGUGGCAACUUUCUCGGCAUGCGGCGAAGAUCUACCGGCUUCACCGAUGCAGGUGAAAUGUCUACGGCUGAGGGCAAUACUGGCCUCGAUAAAGAGACCCGUAGGCAGCGUUACGUGGAGAAGCAAAGACGAACUCUGGAGAAUUAUCUCUCCGAGAUGAUUCGGUGGCUAAUGUUUAGGGCUGACAGCAAUCGCCUUUGUCGAUUCCUUGAGUUGUCGGCCCUGGGUGUUCGUCUCGCUGCCGAAGGAAGUUACCAUGGGAAAGAAGGCUACCUUCACCUCCAAAUGUCAAAAGGUCUCGAUUUCCGCCGUGUUCUGACACCGGCAAAAGUCAUUGCUCGACACAGCCGUAAGUGGUUUCUCGUCAGGCAGAGCUACAUUGUGUGCGUGGAAUCGCCAGAGAACAUGAACAUUUAUGAUGUUUAUCUCGUCGACACCAAGUUUAGCAUCGUUUCUAAGAGGAAGGCAUUGAAGAAUAUUGGCUCCAAGAAGAAGAAGAAGGCCGAAGACGAAAUGGAUAUGGAACCGUCCCCCGAGAAACACCACACACUGAAAAUGCGCACAUCGGACCGUAAAAUUCGACUCUUCUCGCGCUACCAGUCUGUGUUGCGACAGUUUGAGGACUCCAUCAACGAGAUGCUUAAGCAGACACUCUGGUAUCAGAAGAAGCGGUUUGACAGCUUUGCACCGGUUCGGUCUGGCGUGUUUGCCCAGUGGCUGGUCGAUGGGCGUGAUUACAUGUGGAAUGUGUCGAGGGCCAUCAACAUGGCGCGGGACGUCAUCUACAUUCAUGACUGGUGGUUGACCCCCGAGCUCUAUAUGCGCCGACCUGCGUGUAUUAGCCAGAAAUGGCGACUGGAUCGACUGCUCCAGAAGAAAGCACGAGAAGGUGUCAAGGUUUUUGUGAUUGUCUAUCGAAAUGUCGAAGCGGCCAUCCCCAUUGAUUCUGAAUACACCAAACAUUCUCUCCUCAAUCUUCAUCCAAACAUCUUUGUUCAGCGAUCCCCGAACCAGUUCAAGAAAAACCAGUUCUUCUUUGCCCACCACGAAAAAAUAUGCAUUGUCGAUCACGACGUCGCAUUCUUGGGUGGUAUAGACCUUUGCUUUGGUCGCUGGGACAGCCCGCAACACCCUAUUGUCGACGAUAAGCCGACGGGAUUCGAGCCAUCCGAGAUGCCCAAGGACUCUGAGCACGUACAGCUGUUCCCCGGAAAAGAUUAUUCAAACCCGAGAGUCCAAGACUUUUUCAACCUGCACGAGCCGUACGAGGAAAUGUACGACCGGGGCAAGGUUCCCAGAAUGCCGUGGCACGACAUUUCCAUGCAGGUCGUCGGACAGCCUGCUCGAGACUUGACUCGCCAUUUUGUCCAGCGAUGGAACUACCUCCGCCGAGGGCGAAAGCCAACCAGGCCGUUGCCAUUCUUGUUGCCACCUCCCGAUGCGAAAUUUGAAGACCUCGAGGCUCUUGGAUUGACAGGCACUUGUGAAGUGCAAAUGCUGCGGUCUGCGUCAAACUGGUCUUUGGGGACUGAUGACACUGAGUACAGUAUCCAAACCGCCUACGUUCACAUGAUUGAAGAAUCCGAACAUUUUGUUUACAUCGAGAACCAGUUCUUCAUUACAAGCACGGAGGCGUAUGGCGCCAAGAUCGUCAACCGUAUCGGAGACGCCCUGGUUGACCGCAUCAUUCGCGCUCAUAAAAAUGGUGAAGACUGGAGAAGCGUCAUCAUCAUACCUCUCAUGCCCGGCUUCCAGAACACUGUCGAUGAACAAGAAGGUACCAGCGUCCGAUUGAUUGUCAUGUGCCAAUACCGCAGCAUCUGCCGCGGAGAGAACUCCAUCUUCGGACGUCUCCGUGCCGCAGGCAUCGAGCCCGAGGACUACAUUAGCUUUUACUCUCUCCGGCAGUGGGGAGUAAUGGGAAAUGAGGCUCUUGUAACCGAGCAGCUCUAUAUCCAUGCGAAAGCCAUCGUCGUAGACGACAGAAUUGCGCUGAUUGGUUCUGCGAAUAUCAACGAGCGGUCCUUGCUUGGCAGCAGAGACUCGGAAGUUGCCGCCAUAGUCCGUGACACCGACAUGCUGUGGUCCAAAAUGGCCGGCAAGCCUUACCGAGUUGGCCGAUUUGCCCACACCCUUCGGAUGAGGUUGAUGCGAGAGCAUCUUGGCCUAGACGUGGAUGGAAUCCUGGAGGAGGAGCGAGAGGCAGAGGAAAUGGAAGACGCCGCCUUUGAGCAGGACAUGGACGCUAUAUACGAGGAGGAUGCAACGCCUGCCGGCGAAAUGUCCAGCCCUAAGAGUGCAUCACUGCCUAUUAAUAACCUUCGUUUGCCAAGCUUCAACCACGAUCUUGAUCUUGCAACAGUGGAGGCCACCCAGGACCUUGACUCGUCUUCAUUGAAAGGAGAAGAGGCCGAAACCGACCCUCGUGUCACUGACAAGGGCCAUCAGUUGGACUUGUCGGGGUACGGCCCGGACCACUGGAAGUCGGCAGAAAAGUCAGGCACUGAUGAGGGUCGAGAUUCUGCUAUAGUUGAUGGCCGUGAGGUCCUUUUACACGAUGGGAAGCGACUCUCAGGGACACACCAGGAUCCUCAGUCUCCUAGUUCACGCCGUCACCACACUUCACACCAGGAUCAUGACGAUAAGCCCGGUACCUCGAGCGCACCUCUCCCCCCAGCUAGCAGGAAUGGCGCGGAUAAGGUUGACCAACCCGGUCUGGCUUCAGGUGCACCAGCGGUGCCCUUGCCCGUCCUUGAUGAUACAAACAUUGGUGGCCCUCCUUCGCAUAUCGAUCCUAAGACAGGCCGUCAAACGAACGAGCCGUUCCAUCCGAUGGCUGCAGAUAUCCUGCCCGCUCUCAUCGACAAGGACUGUAUGCAAGAUCCGUUGGAUCCUACCUUUGUGGAUGAGAUCUGGGGUCGGUCUGCGCGCAACAAUACAGCGCUCUAUCGCAGAGUUUUCCGUUGCAUGCCUGAUUCCAAAGUGGGCACUUGGGCUGAAUAUCGUGAAUAUAUGGAUUACAGCGUACAGUUCCGUGCUAUGAUGGAGGGAAAAUCUGCCAGUGACGAAACUGAGGCAAGCCGGCAGCGUACUCCUGGCGACGAGGCAGUAGUUGCAAAGCCCAGCGACCAACCUAAGAUUCAGCUGCCCGAGGGCGAUGCUGACGACGAAAACGAAAAGCCGGAUUCACGCGGCAGCAGCGGAGAGGAAUUGGCGCUCCGUCCUCCGCCUACUGAUGGAGCAACAGACAACCAGAGUUCGUUGGAACCACCCUCACCUGUUUACGCUGCAGGAGAAGUACCGUUCCCUGCAAUGGACACUUCUCCAUCAAAGCCAGUCUCGCGAAGCAAAAGCAGAGACCGCAGACCGACUUUCUCAACCCUGGAGAAGCCGCCAUCCAGGGAUACGAAUGCCGCUCCUCCUCUGGCGCCAGCUGCUAGUGCACCAGUCAAGCGUCGUCGCCGAGCCACCACUAAGGGGAGCCGUCGUGGACUCUUGAUUGAAGAAAUGCCGUCGCGUGCCGAGGCCGAGCAGCUCUUGGAGCUGGUACAAGGAAAUCUAGUCGAAUUCCCAUACGAUUGGCUGCUUACAGAGGAGCACAAUGGUAACUGGGGUUACCCGGUGGAUGGGGUGGCUCCUAUUACCAUUUAG